UAUCAAGGAAAGAUCUCUUAAAAAUGUCAAACAUUAAAGUUGGUGUAAAGUUUCGUCCCAUUGUGGAAAAUGAGAUUAAAUCUCGCCAGUGGAUUGUUAAUGGAAAUGAGAUUCAAUCGAAAAACUCAAAGCAUAAAUUCUCAUUUUCUAAUGUAUUUGACGAGUCCUCCACAAACCACGAUGUUUACUCACUGUGUGCACAAAAUGUGCUUAAAUCUUUGGAUGGCUACAAUGGAACGAUACUGACCUAUGGUCAGACAUCUAGCGGCAAAACAUUCACAAUGAUGGGAGACAAUAACACGAAAGGAAUUAUUGAAAUGGCUAUUGAUGACAUAUUUGAUACGAUUGAUGUCCUCAAUGACAAGAACUUCAACCUUCGUGUUGGAUUUAUUGAAAUCUAUAAUGAAAAAAUUUACGACUUGCUUGAUAAAUCGAGAAAAGAGAUCAAAAUUUUCGACUAUCAAGGACAAUUGGAAACGAAUCAGAAUGAAUUCAUUGUGAAAUCGAAAGAGGAAAUACUAAAAUAUGUGAAAAUUGGAAAUAGAAACAAGCACAUUGCUGCAACGAUGUUGAAUGAAUUUUCAAGUCGGUCACAUACAAUUUUUAGUAUUUCCAUCGACUCUACCAAUUCUAUAGGUGAUACAAAAUCAUCGAAGCUCAUUUUUGGUGAUCUGGCAGGUAGUGAGAAGCCAGACAUCACGAAAAAUUCAUUCAAUGAGGGCUUGCACAUCAAUAAAAGUUUAUUGGCACUUGGAAAGAUUAUUAGGGAAUUAUCGAAACCUAAUGCUAAUAUUAAGAACGUCAGGUUCCGUGAAAGUUUAUUGACAAGACUGUUGGCAUCAUCACUUGGUGGGAAUUCAUAUACUACGAUUGUCUGUACGGCAUCACCUGUAUCUUUUGAAGAAACAUUCAACACAAUUUGCUUCGCCCAAAAUGCAGAGAAAACAAAAUGUAAGCCGAUAUCCAACAACAUCAAUGACAGUGCCAGGGAAGUAACAAUUCUAAAGACUCAAGUUCAAAAGCUACAAAAGGAACUUGAAUUAGAAAGGUCAAGAAUCUUUGAUAAUUCUAUAAUUAACUUCAAUUCAACAUAUCAAGUAACACACACAGUCCGUAAAACAGAAAGUUUAAAGAGAAAAUUCCAUGUUGAUCCUGAAGAGACGAUUUGUGAGCAUGCAACAAAAAUCUUUGUCCAAACUGAUACGUCAGCAGUCGAUGAAAACAUGGAAUUGAUUGAAGAAUUGAAGAAUCAAGUUGCUGACUUUAAGAAUGAGAAUGAAAAUCUUAAAGCUCAAUUAAGUGAAUGUAAUCAAAACUUAGACAAUCUGAUACAUAUGAAGGAGUCUCUAAAGCAUGACUUGAAAGAAGAGUCACAUAAGGGAUGGAAAAUUAAAGAAAAAUGUAAGAUGUUGAGGAACAAAUUAGUACGAAAGAAGGAAAAACUCUCAUCAAUGAAGGCAAAUUUAAUUGACACACAUGACGGUCUAGACAAGGCUUGUGAUGAGAGCUUUAAGGAACAAUAUGAGUCGGAUUUAAUGCAUAAAAAUUUAAUAAUUUUUGGGUUGGAGAAGGAAUUAAAGAAGCUUAAAGAUGCUCUUAAAAAUACAGAUAGGAACAAGCAAUUUGUGUCAUGUGCUGUUAAUACAGAAGCUGAUCCAUUUGAGGUACAAAAACUUGAACAAGAAAUUUACAAUCAACAUCACAUGAUACAUGAUUUAAAUAUGAAAAAUCAAGAGCUGCUCUACAAUAAUCAGGUGCUACAAAAACAACUUGAAGAGACAAUCCUUAAAGCCAAUGAAAUGAUGAAGGAACGAGAUGAAUUUCGGAGAAUUAAUAAUACCAUGAAGAUGAACUUUCAAGAGUCUAUUAGAAAUACACGGAAUCAGUUUCACAAUCUUGUAGAACAGAAACAGAAACAAGCGAUUGAUUUUAGAAAGCAAUUGACUGAAUCAAGGAACGAUGAGCUUAAGAAUCAUCUUAAAUUACAAGAGCAUUAUGAGAAGCAAUUUAACAUUUUAAGAAUCAGUAACAGGAAGUUAAAUGCUAAGAUCGAAGCUUUAGAAAGUGAAUUAAAUGCUAAAAAUGAAAGUGAGCUUCAGAAAUCUAAAAUAGCUGAUGCAUCUAUCCGCGAAUUGAUAUUGACGAGAGAUCAAGAAAGUGAAAAGAUUAAAUUUAUAAAAUCUAGGUACGAACGAAAGUUAACAGAGACUGUAAAAUAUCUAGAGAAAGUUUUAAAUCAAAAAGAUAAGGAGCUGAAUGAGAUUAAAAAACUUCAAAAUUCAAAGGAAUCUAAUAACUUAAUUGACAAGCUUGUUGCUAUAAACAUUCACUAAAUGUUAUUCCAUAACUUUUUAAAUAAAUAUCUGUAAAUAAUCAAGAUAAAUGUAUUUGAUGUCAUAACUUCCAACAUAAACUUAACAUCUAAAGACAAAUUGACACAAUUGAUAUUAAUUGAAUUAGAAAAGUUUCAGACAUAAGCUCACAAAUGUUAUCUAAAUAUGAAAUCUAUCUCCAAAAACAUCAUAAUUCAAACAAUAUAUAAAUUUU